GUUAUUCGUACUCGUAUGUUACAAAAGUGACCCAAGGCAGAGACGCAGAGUCCAUCCAUCACCUUCAACAUACUCUCUGUUGGAGCUGUAGUUGUGUGUGGUGAGUAAGCAGAGCAACAUAGUUAAGAAGCUACGUACCUAGCUAAUCCACAUCCAUGGCACCAACGGCUCAAGAGGGAGGCAUGAUUCCCGCGUUGUACAAGGCCGUGGCGCAGGGGGACGUGAAGGGCCUGAGGAAACUGGUGGUGGCCGACGUCAAGAUCCUCAACUCCACGACGCCCCAGCGCAACACGGCGCUCCACCUCGCCGCCUUGCAAGGCCACACCGGUGUCGCCCGCGAGGUCCUCAACGUGAGCCAGGAGAUGCUCGUCGCCAAGAACGUCGACGGCGACACCGCGCUGCACUUGGCAGCCAAGACGGGAAGGCUGAAGGUGGCGGAGCUGCUGAUCAGCCUCGCCCGGGGCUGGCCGGAUGACCCGAACACUGAGGACACGCUGCUCAAAAGCCCCCUGUUGAUGACCAACAAGGCGGGCAAUAGCCCGCUGCACGAGGCGGCGCAGCACCGUAAGGCCGCCGUGGCGCUGGCGCUGCUUGACGCCGACCCCAACCGCGGCUACGACCUCAACGAGCAGAUGGAGUCUCCACUGCACAUGGCCGCCCGCGAGGGACUCGUCCACGUCGUCCGCCAGAUAGUCGACUUCGCCUGGGUUGAAGCGCGGUACGUGCCCUCUGUCUCCGUCAGCGGCACGGCUCUGCACCAGGCCGUGCUCGGCGGGCACACCCGGAUCGUGGAGAUUCUUCUGGAGAAGCGGCACGAUCUGAUCGACCUGACCGACUCCGAUGGCAACAACGCCCUGCACUACGCGGCGAAGAAGAACCACUCGCACGCGGUGGAGCUGUUGCUCAACAAUAAGCCGGAGCUGGCCUACAAGCCCAACAACGAGCUGCAAUCCCCGCUGCACGUCGCCGCGCACUACGGCUCGACGGAGGCCAUCAAGGCGCUGCUCCGCCACUGCCCCGACGUGGCCGAGAUGGUGGACAGCUGCGGCCGCAACGCCUUGCACGUCUCCGUCACCAGCGGAAAGACGAACGCACUCAGGUGCCUGCUCCGCCACGUCCACCACGCAGAGCUGCUCAACCGCGUCGACGGCAAUGGCAACACGCCACUCCAACUUGCCGCCGAGAUGAGCCGCGUCCAGUCCGCGUUGCUUCUGCUCAAGGACCGCCGCGUCGACCCAUGCGUCUGCAACCGCAGCGGUCACACGGCGCGCAGCCUCCUCGAGAUCAGGUCGACCCACGGCGGAACGAGCCGCCACGACGAGAUCAGCUCGACGCACGGCUACGACGGCCACACGGCGCACAGCCUCGUCGAGAUCCACUCGGCCAACGCCGAGAUGGACGCCUACGAGAUGUAUCUCUGGAAGAAGCUCAAGCAUCAAGAGUCCAUCAGGUGCCGCAAGCAGCAGCUGCCGCCUGUCACUUUCGCCCGCGACCGAAGGACCUCCAGCCACAAGUACUUCGAGCACAGCGCCGAGACUUACAUCCUCGUCGCCACCCUCAUCGCCACCGUCACCUUCGCCGCCACCUUCACCAUGCCCGGCGGCUACGACCAGACCAACGGCAUCGCUCUUCACGGCCACAACACCGCCUUCAAGAUCUUCGUCAUCUCCAAUACUGUCGCCAUGUGCAGCUCCAUCGUAGUUGUCUUCUGCUUCAUCUGGGCCUGGAAAGACCCCAUAAAGUUCAAGGUCGAACAACUCCAUUGGGGCCACAGGCUAACGGUCGUCGCCUGCCUCGCCAUGCUUAUCUCGCUCAUGUCUGCCGUCUACAUCACCGUAGCACCCACCUCACGGUGGCCCGCCUACGUCGUCAUUGCCAUCGGUGUCAGCACUCCAGCCGUCGUCUUCCUCAUGCUGGGCAAGGAGGCGAUCUUCGUGCCACUGUAACUACUAGUCAUCAACGUGUGCCAGCUGCAC